UAUCUUAAGUGUGGAUGGGUGAUAGAAAAUGUCAAGAACCAUAUCUGUCAGUUGUACUAGGUUUGAAGAACAAUUGCGAGCUAUGGAGCCCAGACUGUAUAAUUUCUACUGGUAUGAUCUGAGGAGAAGAUGGUUGCCACUCUGCUCCCCGCAGCUCAACAUGUUCAACCUGAUUGGCAACUGCUGCAGCUGGGUCUCCAAGUUCCAGCAACCCAUGAGGAAAGCAACAGUGCUUGUGGUUGGUCUUGACAAUGCAGGGAAAACCUCCUCAAUCAGAGGAAUGUUGGGAGUGCCCCCAGGUGAGGUGGGUCCCACCCAAGGCUGUGUACGCACUGAGCUGCGAGUGGAGAACUUCCUGGUGACCGUGCUGGACAUGGGAGGAGCUCCAGAGGAACGGGAGGCCUGGACGGCGCACUACGGAGAGGCUCAUGGCUUCAUUUUCGUGGUGGACUCCAGUGACCGGGCCCGGAUCAAGGAGGUCAAGGAGGAGAUGGUGGACAUCCUGAGGCAGCCCAGGGUGGCUGGGAAACCUUUCCUGGUGUUAGCCAACAAGCAAGACAAAGUGAAUUCCAUGCUUGGGAGUGAGCUGAUUGAAAUUCUCUCACUGGAGCAGCUUGUCAACAAAAGCCGGUCUUUGUGUCACAUCGAGCCGUGCUCAGCCUUACUGGACCUGAGGAGGUGGUCAGACAGGAAGACGCUGAGGGGUUUGCGCUGGCUACUUCGGGCCGUGAGCCUUGACUACUCCGAGCUCUGUGCGCGCAUCAUACGUGACGCGCGGAAGCCCUAUGGGCAGGACGAGAGGGAAAAGAAACGAGAGAAAGGUCGCCGCAAGACCAGAGAGCAGAGGCAUCCUGGAAGCAAAAGUGACUUGCGCAAGGAAAAGACCAAGAAAUCGAAAGGAGGCAGCUCACUGCAGCCUAUCCGAGAUAUUCUGAACAGGGAGGACUCCCUGAAAAAGAAGCUAAAGAAAAAAAAGGUAAAGGGGAAAAUAAAGAAGGAGAAUGCCAAAAACAGUAGGGAGAAUGAGAACGGUGAAGAGGAGGUUGAUGAAGGUGAGGCUGCCGAGGCCGAACAGGAGCACAACAGCGAGAAGGAGAAAGCCAGCAGCGCCCUGUUGCCAGGGAAACGAAGCAAACUCAAGCGAAAAGUAAAAGUGAAAGAGGAGACCUUGGAUCUGCCUGAAUCUCUCGACACCGAUGACUCCAAACCCUCCAAAGGGGAGAAGGGGGAGAAGAGAAAGAAGAAAAAGACAAUCAAGGUCAAACGGAAAAACAAGAUCAACACUGAAGUGCCAGCAGCAUACACUCAGCCUGUGGAUCUCUCGGCCACUUUUGAUCUUUACAGAAAAGCAAUUUUGGCUCUAAAAGCCCGACAGGAGCAGGAACGGGAGCAGGAGCAGGAGAGAGAGCAAGACCAGGGUCUGGAGCGGUGACCACCCGACCGCUCUGGCAGAAGUCUUGGCCAUGUGAUGACCCCAUAAGCUGGCCUCCGCACAGCUGUCCAGGGGUUUAUGAGCUUGCCGUGGCUCCUCCUUGGUGACUUAUCCUUGUGUAGCCGCUUCUCUGAGGAGCGCCAGCCAAACCUACUUUUCAGGACACGAGGCCUAUCUGAGACUUGUUCCCAGAGGCAGCAGAAACGGCGCAUUCCAGAGACGAGCAGCGACCUAACCCUGGAUAAGUCCAUCUCAUGUCAAUGGCUUCUAGGAUGUCUGCAUCCAUUCUCACAGUCAACUGAUGUUCUACCUGAAACCAAUAAAAAUGUAGGCUAGUUCAACGCUGAAAAAAGGAAAUGACUGCUGUGUUUUGAAUGUGUAUAAUGUAUUUCAAAUGUUAUACAUGUACUGUGGUAAGACCAAACAAUGUGAUUUUGCUGUACAUGAUUAUUUAUAUUUGUAUGUAAACGUAUGUAGUGGCAUUCGACAGUCCAUUUGAUGAUAAGAUCUGAUAUUUAUUUAUGUUUACUCUGUUCUUUAUGCUGGUGUGAAUUUCUUUUCUAUAGUUCCUCUUGUAAAAAAGGGGGACACUUUUCAAAAGAACUGAUGUUGAAAUUGUUUUAGUUGCCAGAUGAAGAAUGUUGCCAAUUUUUUUUUUAAUCACAUACUGUGACCAUGUAUGGCAGGACGUUGUCUGCAUUUUCAGAGGUGGAUGUGUGUAGAACUGAUGUUAUAUGACUACAGACUUCACAGAUG